GGAGGAACAUGCUAAAUUAAUUUCCGCCUUGACGGAGGAUCAAAAGCGUGUUUACGAGACAAUAGUAACUUCCGUAGAGGCCAACCGUGGCGGUGUGUUCUUCUUAUAUGGACACGGCGGUACAGGUAAAACAUAUCUGUGGAAGACCUUAUCAGCAUAUAUAAGGCAUCAAGGAAAUAUUGUGUUGAACGUAGAUUCAAGUGCGAUCGCAUCAUUGCUGCUUCCAGGUGGAAGAACGGCACAUUCCAGGUUUAAAAUCCCACUCACAGCAGCAGAAGAUUCAACUUGCAACAUAAAACCAGGAAGUGCACUUGCGAAGCUGAUUCAAAUGACAAAAUUGAUAAUUUGGGACGAGGCACCCAUGACUAAUAAGUACUGCUAUGAAGCUCUUGAUCGGACUAUGCGGGAUAUUCUUCGACAUUCAUACGGUUGUGAUGGGAGCAAACCUUUUGGUGGAAAGACAAUUGUCUUUGGCGGAGACUUUAUACAGAUUUUACCGGUAAUUCCAAAGGGUAGUAGGCAAGAUAUUGUGCAGGCGACUUUAAACUCAUCCUUCAUUUGGCCGUUUUGCAAGGUACUGAGGCUAACGAAGAACAUGAGAGUGCGAAGUGGAUCAGACGAUCUUAAUUUUGCAUACAUACAAAGGUUCAUUGAUUGGAUUUUAAAGAUAUGGGAUGGGGUUCUAGGUGACAAUGAGGAUGGAGAAUCAUAUAUUGACAUACCCGAAGAAUUCCUCGUGCCUUGGAUUUCUGAUCCAGUUACUUCUACGGUCCAGAGUACAUAUCCCGAUUUUUUAGCACAAUGCACAUCAUCGUCAUAUUUAAUGUCAAGAGCAAUACUUGCGCCAACAGUUGACGAGGUGGACAAGGUUAAUGAUUACAUGCUCGAACAACUACCAUCAGAGAUGAAGACAUAUUACAGCUCCGAUUCUGCAUCAUUAUCUGAUUCUGAUAGUAGUUUAUUGCAAGAGAUCCAUUCUCCAGAAUUCCUUAACGGAAUCAAAUGUUCCGGAGUACCUAGCCAUGAGCUCAAAUUAAAAGUGGGUGCCCCUGUGAUGCUUAUGAGGAAUCUUGAUCAAUCAUUGGGUUUGUGUAAUGGCACUCGACUUUUAGUGACCUGACUUGGAAAGCAUGUUAUUGAGGCCCAAAUGUUGUCAGGGCCAACUGCUGGCCAAAAGCAUUUCUUUCCCUGUCUUACCUUGACUCCUUCUGAUGUCAGACUGCCAUUCACUUUCCAGCGGAGGCAAUUCCCUCUGAUGGUUAGUUAUGCAAUGACUAUAAAUAAGAGUCAGGGCCAGUCAUUGG